CGGCGGGGACCGCGGCGGCCGCCGUCCCGGGGCGGCGCUGACUCCGGGGCCCCGAGCUCCGCGCGCCGAGCAUCCUCGCGGCCCGGCAGGAUGCGCGCCCUGGGGCUCCUCUGGGUGGGCGUCCUCUGGCACCUGUGCGGCGGCUACUUCGACGGCCCGCUGUACCCCGAGAUGUCCAACGGCACCCUGCACCACUACUUCGUGCCCGACGGGGACUACGAGGAGAACGACGACCCCGAGAAGUGCCAGCUGCUGUUCCGCGUGAGCGAGCGCCGGCGCUGCCCUCCCGGGGACGCGGGCCCGGGCCGCGGGGCGCUGAGCCUCAGCCUCCGCGACGAGUUCACGGUGCUGGGCCGCCAGGUGGAGGACGCGGGCCGCGUGCUGGAGGGCCUCAGCAAGAGCAUCUCGUACGACCUGGACGGCGAGGAGAGCUACGGCAAGUACCUGCGGCGCGAGUCGCACCAGAUCGGCGACGCCUACUCGCUCUCGGACCGCUCGCUCGCCGAGCUGGAGAGCAAGUUCCGGCAGGGCCAGGAGCAGGCGGGGCGGCCCGACGGCAGGCUGGGCGACGACUUCCUGGGCAUGCUGCGCCGCACGGCCGCCCUGCUCAAGGACACGCUCGCCGUGGCCGCGGGGCUCGGCGACAGGUACGAGCUGCUGGCGCUCACCGUGCGCAGCCACGGCACCCGGCUCGGGCGGCUGAAGAACGAGCACCUGAAGGCCUAGGUGCGGGCGGCCGCGGGGGCGCUCCCCCCCACCCCGACCCCCGCCCCGACCCCACCCACCCCCACCCCGGGACCUGCUCCGUCGGGGGCGGGCGCGCUCCGGCGCGGACCCGGGGCGCCGAGGACGCGGGAAGCUCCCCCCCUCCCAGGGCCCGGGGCUCCGCAGAUGCACCUGUCGCAGCCACGCACCCGAGGACACGGGUGAUGCAGCGGGGAACGGCUCCACCCCCAGGGCCCGGGGCUCCGCAGACGCACCUGUCGCAGCCACAAACCCGAGGACACGGGUGAUGCAGCGGGGAGCGGCUCCACCCCCAGGGCCUGGGGCUCCGCAGACGCACCUGUCGCAGCCACGCACCCGAGGACACGGGUGAUGCAGCGGGGAACGGCUCCACCCCCAGGGCCUGGGGCUCCGCAGACGCACCUGUCGCAGCCACAAACCCGAGGACACGGGUGAUGCAGCGGGGAACGGCUCCACCCCCAGGGCCUGGGGCUCCGCAGACGCACCUGUCGCAGCCACGCACCCGAGGACACGGGUGAUGCAGCGGGGAACGGCUCCACCCCCAGGGCCUGGGGCUCCGCAGACGCACCUGUCGCAGCCACAAACCCGAGGACACGGGUGAUGCAGCGGGGAACGGCUCCACCCCCAGGGCCUGGGGCUCCGCAGACGCACCUGUCGCAGCCACAAACCCGAGGACACGGGUGAUGCAGCGGGGAGCGGCUCCCCCCCCAGGGCCCGGGACUCCGCAGAUGCACCUGUCGCAGCCACAAACCCGAGGACACGGGUGAUGCAGCGGGGAACGGCUCCACACCCAGGGCCCGGGGCUCCGCAGACGCACCUGUCGCAGCCACGCACCCGAGGACACGGGUGAUGCAGCGGGGAGCGGCUCCACCCCCCUCCCCCCAAGGGUCCGGGGCUCCGCAGACGCACCUGUCGCAGCCACGUCCCCGAGGACAUGGGUGAUGGAGCGGGGAGCGGCUCCCCCCCCAGGGCCCAGGACUCCGCAGACGCACCUGUCGCAGCCACGCACCCGAGGACACGGGUGAUGGAGCGGGGAGCGGCUCCACCCCCCUCCCCCGAGGGCCCGGAGCUCCUCAGACGCACCUGUUGCAGCCACGUCCCCGAGGACUCGGGUGAUGGAGCGGGGAGCGGCUCCACCCCCCUCCCCCCAGGGCCCGGGGCUCCGCAGACGCACCCGUCGCAGCCACGCACCCGAGGACACGGGUGAUGCAGCGGGGAGCGGCUCCACCCCCCUCCCCCCAAGGGCCCAGGGCUCCGCAGACGCACCUGUCGCAGCCACGCACCCGAGGACACGGGUGAUGCAGCGGGGAGCGCCGGACCCCCACCCCGUCCCCCGCCCUGGACCCCGCGGCGCGCAGGGCAGCCUCGCCUCCCGCCCUCCCGCUCCCCGCGCCCCGGGCCCUUUCCCGGGCGCCCCGCCCCGCCGCCUCGCCUUCUCCUCGGCUCUCUUAUUUAUUAACCAGGGUCUCCAAGGUUCUGUGUCUAGUGUGGGGGCUUUCUGGGGUUGCUGGGCUUUAACUCUGGGGGCUUUCGUAGGCGCAUCGCCUGCAAACUCUAUGCGCCCUUCGCGGCGGAGACGCCCCGGGUGCCUGGGUGCGCGUAAGCUCACGUGGCCACGUGGAAGGCCCGGCGCUGGGGUGGCGCAGGUGGCGCAGGUGCGCAGGCGGGCGCAGGUGGCUGCGGGUGGGCGCAGGUGGCGCAGGGCCCGCCGCCUGCCGCUCGCUGUAUCCUGCGCCCUCAGAGCCGCAGCCCGUUAGGGAGACAAGUAGAUAGCUCGUUUGAACACACCCCGAGGCCUGGGUCACCCAUGCACCGGGCCUGCGUUGGGGGCUUCGCUUCUGUGUGCUUAUGGGAAACCUGUACUCCGAGAAGGGGGGAUUCUCAUCCUAGUAACUCCUGAGCUAAGUUUUAUUAUUCAGCCAAUAAAUAUGUUCUCGUGUAA